AUGUCGUCCCCCGGGAAGCAUGCCAAAGCUAUCGAGUACCAGGGGAGAAAACUCCACGAACCUGCUCUGUCUCUCCACCUUGCCCUUGCGUGGAUCAUCAUACGCGUCUUUCCUAUCAAUCUCGACUAUCAAUACUUGUCAGACGUGUACUCGCUUGGAUUCACCCAUCAAAUACUGCAAAUACUUGCUCGAGAAGUAUUAGAAGUCGGUAGCCAACCUGCGACAUUCGUCUCUCUGCGCGAAGAGACGGACAAGCUGCUGCACGCCGAGCUGCCCCAAGUCAUCAAGCGGAAUGAAAAGAAGAGGGCAAGAGGUCUGGAACUAGAUCUUGAAUAUGAAAAGGCAGAGAAAGGGGAAAGCUGGCUUGGGGAACUGGCUGAGAGAUUCAUGGAUGUGUCUGAAGGCUGCACCUUUAUCGACAGUCUGGAAAAGGAAUUGCGAGAGAGGCUCAACUUUAGCGAGGACGACGAUGCAAAGAACCCUCCACCUAUGGACCGCCAUUCACCCCUUGGGGUGUUCUCUCGAAACCUUAUAAACAUACAUCGCAAAUUGUCCUUUGACGAGACGGUCCAUUUUGCUCGACAGAUCGCGCUGUGGUGCGGGGUCGACCAUAGUGGGCCGUCCAGACCUGUGACGAUGUGGUCUUUGGACCGGCGGUCGGGGAUGGAAGAUAGUUUGGACAAGCGGAUGAAGUCUAUGCAGGAUUAUCGAGCGGCUUCGUCCUCGGGGGACAACUCUGGGGCAUUAGCGUCUCUAAGGAGUUUUUAUGAUUAUCAAUCCCCUCACGCAGGCCGUGGACAACAUCAACAUGCGCUCUUAAACAUUGCGACCUUUCAUUACGCCUCGAACGGCCUCGACUCUGCCCGUUUAGCUAUAGACGAAGCCAUCCGCGUAGCCCGUACCGCUGGCGACAAGGAAUGCCUCCAACACUGCAUGAGCCUAUCUCGCCGACUUCAAACAGAAACAACUUCUGUAGCAUUCACCUCUACAGAGACCAUCAAGAUCCAUCAAACGCCUAUACCUCUCAGUAGGUUACCCGAAGCAGCCACGCCCAUGGACGAGCUCUGGUCAAUAAAAGCCGCUCUCGACCUCGGCGAACCUGUACACGUCGCCUUCCGCCGUGUCUAUGCAGCUCUCGGACUCGAAAACCAAACUUUGCCGCCAGAGAGCACAGGCACAGAAGAUGCCGACCGGUCAUACGCCAAACAAUGGCCCACGGCCCAGAAACUCGAUUUCGCAGCGUGGCAUGCGACUCAAUCGAGUUUGUGGGGGAUGAUGGGGAGCCGGGCGUUGUUGGAGCUUCAUCAGGAGCUGGCGGAAGGGGAUCUGGAUGGAGGGACGGAUGGCAGGUUGAGUGUUGUAUUUGCUCAGGCUCAAAGGGCCACAGAAAGUGGCGAUUACGAUGACGCCCUCACGCAAUUGAUAGAUCUGUCUACACUGCGAGGUAUGUCCAUGUCAGCUUAUCAUCGCUGGGCCAGAGUCCUCUGGGCCUUACUCGAACGGCGUGCCCAAUUCAACAACGAUCCUGAUACUCUAUCAUACAUCGCCGCUCUAAGCCCUUCCUCACCUCUAUCGCAAGUAGGCCCUGGAGGACCUCCUCGCACAAGCGCCCAUCCAUCCCCAAUCUCGAUCGAGGGUACUUCAGACCACAACUCUGACAUUUCCUCCCCCGUCGCCCUCACCCAAUCCCACAUCCUCUCCUCCCUCCGGCACGCCUCCUCCCUCCUAUCCACCCCCUCCCCCGCCCUGCCCCAUCAAAUCCUCCCCUCAAUCCUCUCUUCCCUCACACUCGCUUCUUCCCUAAGUCUCUGGAAGAUAUACCGUUUUGCCAUCGUCCUCCUUGCCGAAACUAUGCUUUUGAUGGAAGGUGUCCCGAUGGCGGGAAAAGUUGUGAAUGAAGUGGAUCGUAUUUGGGCGCAGCUUAUGAAAGAUGGGGAUGCGGAGGGGGUCAUGCGAGGGGCAGGGGUGUUGGGCAGGGCGUGGAUCGAAUUGAGCUUGAAGAGCGGAGUGGAUGAAGAGCAUGAUAAAGCUGUAGAAUAUCUCUUGUUAUCCCAACAGCACGCUCAAAGACUCGAACACCGAGCAGCCUGCCUCGAAACUUUAUCUCUCCUCGCCAUGCUCGCUGCCCUUCGCUCCAACGGCCAUUUUCCCAAGAGCAAAUUCCAGUCUCACGACAAUGAACAGGUGCAGGAAGAGCUGGUGCAGAGGUACUGGGAAGUGAAGGAGGGACAAAGUGAUGGGCAGAGUAGAGGUAUCAAGAGUGUGGCGGACAUUGGGGAGAUUGUCAAGUGGGUGGGGGUGAGGAUUGCUGAGGGUUGGCAGUAG